UUUCACUCCUGCCUGUCUGCUGUCAACCAAACCCCGUGACCACCAUCUGACCAAAAUGACCAAAGUACCUUACAUAAUCAAUUUGCUUUCCUAAAACGCGACAUAUACGCGUCACAGUCACCUGACCCUUACACCGCGUUUGUUUGGAGGCCGCAUCGGGCCUAGUGCGCGUUUUGCCAGCAAUCACAUCACCACAACAAAGAACAACGGGGCAACCGAAUCUGGCCGGCACAGCGCUGCGAUCGACGCCAUUCUUCAGCUUCUUUGUGUGGUACGGGAUUACGGAUACUAUUUUGAGGACAUUGCGAGUGAUAAGAUUGUUUCAUCUAUUCGGACUCUAGAACAAGAAAAGUUAUUUGUCUACUGGUUGAUUGGGGGGUUUCAUAUUCACCACCACCUCACUGAAUUGAAGCUUGCCAGUUUCUCUAGUUUCAAGUCUUCGGAUUUCGCUUUCCCCAAAUUUCAAUUUGGACUAUAUCAGUCCCAGACAUCAUGCCUUCGGGUUUCAAACGUCUCGCAGCGGACCACGCCGCCUUAUACGACUCCGAACUCCCUCCCAACUAUCUCUUCCCCUCAGACGAUGGAGCCGAUGACCUCACGCAACUCACUACCUUGCUGGCCGGGCCGCAGGGGACACCGUACUCACAGGGCUUGUGGCGAUUGCAUCUUAAGAUGCCCGAAGACUACCCCAAGAGUCCGCCGAAGGCCUCAUUCAAGACUAGAAUAUGGCACCCGAAUGUGGAAGAGUCAACGGGGGCAGUGUGUGUUGAUACGCUGAAGCGGGAUUGGAAGCCAACGCUGACGUUGAAAGACGUAUUGAUUACAAUUUCCUGCCUUCUUAUCUAUCCGAAUCCUGACUCUGCUUUGAAUUCGACGGCUGGUGCUAUGCUACAGGAAGAUUAUGGGGCGUUUUCCCGUCAGGCUAAGUUGAUGACGUCUAUCCAUGCCCUGGUCCCCGCGGAAUUGAAGACAGCGGUGAUGGAGGCAAAGCUUAGAGGGGAGGAUGCAGGGACAGUCAUUCAAGAACAGGAGGAGUCUCGCUCAUUGCGAUCACACAAGGGAAAACGAGUUCAAUCAGUGACGAUGAAGAAGAAUACCCGGAAUAAUAAAAACCAACACGAUGACGCAAGCACCCACCAACCACCGCAACCAGAAGACCAAAUGGAUGAACAACAAGAACAAGACAUGGCAUCAUCAGAUGACGAAAAUGAAAACCCCGGAGGCGGUGCAAAAGAGAACGACCCUUCAUUGUCUCCCCUGCCAGUCAAGCUUGCGCCUCCGAGUCCGAGGAAGAACGCCCACGGUAAACGGCCAUUGUCUGUUCUUACAAUGCCGGUGGACUCGGACUAUACAACAAUGGAGGUAGACGAUAAUGAUGUAGACGGCAUGACUGCCUCUGAGAAGAACAUCGCCGCCAAUUGCUCCCACGAGGAUCGUGACCCCUCACCUCUUAGAAAGUCUCCGAAACUCUCCGUCCUCGAUAAAGGCAUCAAUGCUCACCCCGGACGACCACGGGAUGAAGUCAAGAUAUUCGAAGACAUCCCCGACCUACACCGUCGAACCAGCGGAGACGGCAAGGAAAACCGCGGCGCUUUCACAGGCCCAAGAGACAUGGCCAUAGCCACCAAGAAGAGCAACCCCAACUAUCCUCCCACAAUCCUCGCCCCAUCCACAUCCGCUACCGCUCCAUCAGGCUCCAAAAUGGCUAAAAAGCCAGUUUUCGGUUCACGAAAGGUAUCUUCCGGUUCUACAAAACCAAAAGCCCGAAUCGGUAUCCGCAGACUGUGA